UCCUUUGCAACUAGUCCCUUCUGAAGCAUCUGUUCGUGCGAGUGUGUUUGCCUGUUCAUAAAGGAUGUCAAAACUCGGUAAACGGUUGCGUCAAUCUGUCCGGAAGGAAGUGUUUCGCGAGUACUGUGCCAAUAGUUCCAUCCAUGGUGUACGUUACUUUGACCGUGAUGAACGAAAGGCUUGUGAAAGAUUCUGGUGGCUAGUGGUCUUUCUUCUCUCUAUGCUGGGCUGUUGCGUGAUGAUAUACAAGACGUAUGUGAAAUGGAACCAAACUCCAAUCAUUGUUACUUUUUCGGAGAAAACCACUCCGGUUUGGGACAUUCACUUCCCAGCCAUAACGAUCUGUCCCGAAACGAAGGUGCCAGCCAGUAAGCUUAACUUCACAGCCGAAAUGAACGCACUGCUGCAAGAUUACAAUUACGUUAACGGAACAUCCGACCGGGAGUCAAUCGAUCAACUGAAAGCCGUCGCUCAGCUUUGCAACAUAAUAUUUCACUCCGAUAAUAAAUUGCUGCAGUAUGUUAAUGGUACGGAGGACGACGUGGUAGGCAUGUUGAAAAACCUGUCCUUGUCACGCCACAAUACGCUUGGGUUGUGUCAGUACAGUAACCAGUACAUGCUCUGUGCCGAGCAUUUGAAGGAGACGCUCACUGAGGAGGGUUUCUGCUACACCUUCAAUAUGAUGCCGGAUGAUGAAAUCUUUCGUAAAAUCUCGCUCCAUACGCAGUACACAUACACGGAGAGUUGGUUUCCUUUUUCCGAUACCGUGACAUUGGCACCACUGUACGCACGAGGUGCAGGUCUGCAUGCCGGGCUUUUAGUGUAUCUCAAGCAAGCGAAGGAAGAUGUGGACUACAUGUGCACGGGUUUCUCGCAAGGAUACAAAGUAAUGAUUCACGAUCCGACCGAGUAUCCGCAGGUGUCGAUGCGCAACAUGCGCAUACCCUUUGGUCACGAGAUCUCGAUCGCGCUCAAGCCUCAAAUGAUCGUCACUUCCCAAUCGGCUGCCGAUUUUAGCUGGGAGAAGCGUCAGUGCUUCUUCAAUUACGAGCGUUACCUUCGAUACUUUAAGAUCUACAACCAGGACAACUGUGAACUUGAAUGCUUGACCAACGUGACGCUGGCAAUGUGUGGAUGUGUUCGCUUUUCAAUGCCAAGGUCAAAAGAUACGAAGGUUUGCCCGCUUUCCAUGUGGAAAUGUAUGUACGAUGCUAAAUGGUUCAUGCACCCAACUGAUGAUCUUGCAAACUCACGCAACCAAAAGAUCAAAGCCAUUGUCAAUAGAUGUAACUGCUUGCCAGCCUGCAGCUCCUUAACGUAUGACGUGGAAACCACACAAACCAUGCUCAAUGUGGAAAAGUUUCUGCAAGUAAACCAUGAGUAUAAUAAGUCAGACAAGUUUUAUAUUACAACGAUAGCGAUCUACUUCAAGGAGUCGUACUUCAUCACCUCGAAGCGAUCGGAGCUGUACGGAUGGGUAGACUUUCUUGCAAACUGUGGUGGGCUAUUAGGGCUAUUCAUGGGUGUGAGCAUUCUCAGUCUGUUGGAGAUAUGUUACUUCAUUACGAUUCGACCAUUUACGGUAUGAAGUACUGUGAAGCGUAUUACAAACGAAGAAACUUUUCUACGACUAUCUUGCCGGGGCAUCACAUCGGAAGUCAAUCACUCAGCUGAAAGAAAUCUCUCAUCUAUGUAACUCGUUGUUUCACCCGAAUAAUGACUUUCUGAAGAACUAUACCGAUACGGAGGACGACGUCGUUGGCGUGCUGAAAAAUUUGUCCCCCUUACGCCACGGUACACUUGGGUUUUGCCAGUAUAACCAGUAUAAGCUCUGUGACGACCAAAUGAAGGAGACGCUCACCGAGGAGGGUUUGUGUUACACCUUCAAUUUGAUGCCGGAAGAGGACAUCUUACGCAAAAGCUCACUCCACACGGAAUAUACAUAUACAGAUAAAAAGUCUUAUUUUCCGGAUAACAAGUUAUUGACACCACUGUACGCACGAGGUGCAGGACUGCAUGCCGGACUUUCACUGUUUCUGACGCAAAUGAAGAAGGAUGUGGACUACAUGUGCACGGGAUUCUCGCACACUUGAAUAGCUAGUUGGUUUAAAUCCUAAUUUAAUUAAAACAUUAUGUAACAUUUUACAUCAUCACUCAGUGCCCGACCCUGACGAGAAGUUGGAAAAGUAUAUAUCAUAAUAAUGAACUUAUCUAUGUGCAGGACCGCUUGGAAGUAUGCAGAUGUGUGUAGAUCGAGUACAUAAUCGAAUGAAUUACU